UUGUCCUCGACUUUUCGUCUCUGCUUUCUCGCAAUCCCUAAUUCUCUACAGCGAUGGCGAAGAACAGAGGCAAGAAGAAAAGAAAGGACUCGGAUUCAAUGGACGUCUCGGAAUUUCCCGUUUCGGAUUUGCCUCAAGAAAUGGAUACAUCAGAGAUUGGGGCUCAGAACCCAAAUAGUGGUGCUUCCAAUUUAAAGAUGAAGGGAAGACAAAUGAAGAGAACCAAAAAUGCUCGGAAGAAGAAAGCUGUUGUAAGAGCUAUAUCGAAAAGAGAGAAGUCUGUUGAGAAAGUAUUGAAGCAUGAAAGCAAAACAUUGAGAACUCAGUCUGCAAAAUUGCUCUACGACUAAGCAUUAUGAUUGAGCAUAUUGUUUUGUAUUUUAGGAUUAAAACCUUCGACCCUUCAGGUUUACCUUUGUAUCAGUUCCUCUUUUGUUAUAAUACAUGACUUAUCUGCAGUCUGCACUACUAAUUACCUAAACACAGCAGCAAAUGUUAUUUUUUUAGAAUGAGAAGAUUAUCAACUCAGUCAAAAACUA